GCAAGUCUCUCUUUAAUCUUAAUCCUAAUCCCUCCGCCUUCUCCCUUCACUCUUUCCUCUUUUGCUUCCCUCGCUUCACGACCACCGCUCCUUUUGUUGUCGUUUAGUUCCAUUCCCUCGCUCGUGUUUCAAUAUGAAGGCUUCGAUCCUAACGGCCCUCACUUUGGCCGCCUGCUCCUUCGCGAGCCCCGUCGGCCAGCUUCAUGCUCGCGACGGCGAAUGUACCUGCCAGCCUAAUGGCGGUUCAAGCUCUGGCUCUGGCUCUGGCUCUGGACCUUACCCCGGCUCUGGCUCUGGCUCUUCCCCCGGUGCUGGCUCCUAUCCUGGCUCGGGAUCGGGAUCUGGCUCAGGUCCUACUCCUGGCUCUGGCUCUGGCUCCUACCCUGGCUCUGGCUCUGGAGCUGCUCCCAGCACUGGCUCCGGUUCCUACCCUGGCUCGGGAUCCGGCUCUGCUCCUGGAUCUGGGUCUUACCCCGGCUCCGGUUCUGGUUCUUACCCCGGCUCAGGCGCUGCUCCUGGAACUGGCUCCGGCUCUGCGCCCGGCACCGGUUCUGGCUCCUAUCCCGGUUCAGGCUCAGGCUCUUACCCUGGCUCUGGCUCUGGCUCUGGCUCGGGACCUCAACCCUCCGAGGUGUCGACCUACCCUGCCUCCCAGGUUCCAACGCUGCCUGGCUACCAGCCCCAGCCUACGAUUACACUGACAACGACCGUUCCCGUCACUGCCUCCCCCGGCUCUCCGGAGUGCACUACAACUGCCCCUGCUGGUCCCGCUGGUCAGCCGACUGGCCAACCCGCUGGCCCCGGUGCUCCUACCGGCCCUGCCGGCCAAUCCCCUAGCCCUGCCGCUCCCGCUGGUCCUACCGGUCCUGCUGGACAGCCUGCUGGACCUUCUACACCUGCUGCUCAACCCUCUGGCCCCGCCGGCCCUAGUGGUCCUGCUGGUCCUUCUGGCCCCUCAGGACCGGCCAACUCUGGCUACCCUGGCAGCUCUAGCCCGUCAUCUCCUUGGGGUACUCCCAGCUCUUCGGUCCCCGCUGGAUCUCCCUCGCAGACCCCCGGCUGUGAAAACGGCCACUGCCAUGGUACCGGCCACCUCCUCCAGGAUCUGGGCGUUCAGGCUGAUCACCUUCUGACCGUUGUUGGUGAUGGCACCGAACAACUGCUUGUCCAGCUCAGCCAGCCCGUUGCGGACCUUCUUUCCAGCUUGGGUCUGACCGGCCUUGCUAAGCCUGUGGGCAAGAUCAUCAAGGACGCCGGCAGCAUUGGCGAGCUGGUUAAGGAUCUGGGUGCUCCCGUCGAGCAGCUUCUGGUCGUCACCGGCAAGGACACUGGCUACCUCUUGAUUCAACUGGACCAGGACGUUAAGGGCCUCUUCGACAGCAUUGGCCUGAACGCAUUGGGCGAGCCCGUUGGUGACCUGCUGGGUGCUGUUGGCAGCAGCCUGAAGCGUCGUCAGAACUGGGACUACAACCCUUACGCCAAAAACCCCAACGGGCUCGUUGAGAAGCUGGCACCGGUGAUUGACUGCAUCUUGGUGGUUACGGGCGAGGACGCCAAGGACCUUAUCAUCAAGCUCAGCAAGCCCGUGGCCGAGGUGUUUAAGGCACUGGGAUUGACUGGCCUUGGCGACAGCGUAGGCAAGGUCGUCUCGACGGUCGGCAAAGAUGCGGGUGACUUGGUUUCGGAUUUGGGUCAGCCCACCGAAAAGUUGCUCACUGUGGUUGGCGAUGGUGGCAGCAAGCUGGUGAUCCAGUUGGCUCCUGACGUUGCAGACUUGGUUGGGGACUUGGGACUCCCCAAGGUUGGUGAGGCAGUGGGUGAGGUCCUUGGAGCAGUGGGUAACAACGUGUAAGAAGUCUCGACUAUUCUUUCUUUUUUUUUUUUUUUUCCUUGGUCCUAUAAAC